AUGGCUCUCUUUAUACGUCUCGACGCUAGUCGAGGUCUAAGCAAAGGCACAUCCGAGGAUCUCUCGGAUCGGGACAACGAGGACAAUAUGCUAAAAAGCUCAAAGGCGCCUGAGAGUGAUAUGAGGACCCCAGAGAACGUUCCAGGAGCAUUUGGGGACCAAGAGGGAGUUCCGAUAUAUGAUUUUUCUCCUGGCAUGGUUAUAGAAGAUAAUGAGAUGCAGAGUCCACCGGCAGCCAUUGAAGACGGUGAUAACAACCUGAUGAGUAAUCUGAUCAAUCGUUUCGUCGAUGACGUGGACGAUCUUCGUGACCUUGAUUCCAUCGGAAAUCAGCGGGAUCAAAGGCACACCGAUGCAAGUCGGUCAUCGACUGCCGCUCACGACAGAGGUUACCAAAAGCACAAAAAGGUAGAAAUUAUGGCCCUCUUCGACGUAGAUGUCAGCACUGACGGAUCAGCCAUCGGAGAUGACAUUCCCACAGGCGCUACCCUAUCCACGACUGCUGACCUUGAAGUCGUUCGUGCAAAUCUGCACAAAGCCCUCCAAUCGGGCGCGGAAGCCGAA